GGUCCCAUCCUUUACCUAAAGGUUCUGUCUGCAGAGUCAACAAGGAAUCUUCGUAUCAGACAUCUGAUUGUCAUAUGGAAGUCAUGCCUGAACAUCAAGAUCCAAAUGAAACAAUGAAGAAUGCAUUGGGGAUUGCCACCGCCGGUGACGGCAAGUUACCCUACAGGCCAUUUAUAGACUGCAUGAAAGAAAUACGAAAAGAAUGGGGCACUCAGGGAACAAUGGACAAAAUCAUGAAGCAUCUGAUGUCCGACCCAGCUCCAGUGACAGUCAAGACGCUUACUGAUGCAGGUCCAGUCAUUCCCGGCUAUGAAGUCGUGGUUGCAGCUAUUUGCUUCUCAUCGUUAGCCAAAUUAAAGGAGCAGGGCUUCAUCAGCUUCGUGAAGGACCCUCGCACGCUUGAGAUAACAGAUGUGAUGCUCAGCAUAGAAAGAUUUGGCACCGAUCACAAACCACAUGAACUAAGCGAAUAUGAUUUGUUUAAGUAGAUUUAGGAAUUGACGUUUUGAUUUGCUACAGCUAGGACUGCCACCUUUUUUUUGAACAUGGUUUUUUUUUUCUCAAAAUGCAGAAAAUUCCUCUAUGCAUGAUGUUUUUUGCUGGCACGAAAGCCAUUUCGUAUUCCAUUAUUUUUCUAUAAUUAGAUAUGUAUAAAGAGGAUAAAUUGCCAAACAAAAUAGUAUAGGAGAGGAUAUUUAUACUAUUACUAUAUCUAUUAUAUAUUAUACGUAGGGUAGGUACGGACGGGUGGCAAUCCUAGCUACGGCAAGCCCGAAAUGCAGCUAAAUUUAGUUGUAUCCUUUAUGAUAAAUAGGAUACAUCUACCUCUAGUCGCACGAGUGCGGCUGCACGUAGCUUUAGCCGGCUAGACCUACGUGUAGCCACUCUUCGGCCUUUAGCCACAUAAGGAUAAGGGAAGGUUCAUAUCUGACGGAACUUCGCGUCGCGUUAAAACACACAAAUAUGCGAUAAAGCAUUCGAUCAUUAAUCAACGAUUUCCCGAUGACGCUCGACGCAUUUACCGUCAGGUAUGAACCAAGGUUUAUCUGUUUAAGUAGAAAAAUAGUUUAAUAUAUACUAUAUAGGUGUCUAGUUAGUAAGCCAGACGUUAUCGUCAAUUAUUUCCUCUCGUGUAUUUAUAUAAUUAAACUCACGACUUUCCACCGGCAUUUGAUUAUAUUCCAAUCAAAUAUAUUAAUUGCUGAUACAAUAACAUGAUAAAUCGUUGUUAAAAAUCAGUUAUACAGAGGAAAUUUAAUAUAUUAGAAACUCCAUAGUACCUAUCACUUCUUACUUACAUACCCUUACUUUGUAAUUAUCUGGUAACCUUAAAAUGAUUAGGUAAAUAAAUGUGAUAUAAAUAAAA